AUGGGCUGUAUGUUGAGGAGUGACUUCAUGACUCUCUUUGAUUUAUAUCUACAACCCGAGACAGCUUUUAAAAUCCUCGCUUAUUUAGGAGAAGUAGGGUGUGUUCAGUUUCUUGAUAUGAACCAAAAUGUGCAAGCGUUCCGCAGGUGUUAUGUGUCGGAAAUAUGCCGGUGCAGUGAGAUCGAACGCAUUUUGAGGUAUAUGGAAGAUGAGAUGAAGAAGCAUAAUAUCCCGCCGGGGAGGUCCAGGUUCGAUCCCAAACCUCUGAUGCCCAAUGAGAUGCUUCCAUUGGAGAACAUGCUCGAGAAGUGGGAGAGCGAAUUGUUGGAGUUGUCGGCGAACAAUGCGAACCUGCUGAAACUGUAUUCGGAAAUGACUGAGAUGCACUAUGUGCUGGACAGCGUAGAGCCGAUGCUGGGAGACGCGGAGAUAAGGAACGAAGACAUCACACGCGACCUGCAAGGGAAGGGUGGUCAGCUGAUGCUGGUCACGGGCGUGGUCAGGCGGGUCAGGUCCUACGCCUUCCAGAUGAUGCUCUGGAGGAUAUCCCUUGGGAACAUAUACUACAGACAAGCGCAGGAGGACAGGAUUUUUAAGGACGCCUCGGGUCAGGAGGAGCGAAAAGUGGCGUUCCUGGUGAUCUGCCAGGGCGAUCGGCUCCACGAUAGAGUGUUGAAGAUCUGCAGCGGUUUCCGAGCUAACCUGUACCCUUGCCCCAGAACGGCGGAUGAUAGGCACGUCAUGAACAAGGAUAUUGGGAUCAAGUUAGAGGAUCAGAAAGUAGUUUUAGCCAAGACGCGCUACCAGCGGUGCAAAGCGCUGUACACUGUCGCGCAGCAGUGGGGGACGUGGAAGAUGCGAGUGAAGAAGACGAAGGCCAUAUACCACACGAUGAACCUCUUCAACCUGGACAUCACGAGGAAGUGCCUCAUCGGCCGCUGCUGGGUCCCUGACGCCGAUGUGCAUAAAGUGCAAAGAUGUCUCAAGUAUUAUUCGGAUAAGUUGGAAACUCCAGUGGAGUCGUUUCUCAUCAAGUCCAGUGCCAACGAAAAGCCUCCAACUUUCCACCGCACCAAUAAAUUCACCCACGGGUUCCAAGCACUGAUUAACGCGUAUGGUGAAUCCUAUUACAGGGAACUGAAUCCAGCCUUGUACACCGUCAUCACAUUCCCGUUUCUAUUUGCGGUGAUGUUUGGAGACCUUGGACACGGCCUCAUUCUGGUGGUCUCCGCCACGUGGAUGAUUGUCAAAGAGAGGAAGAUUAUGGCGUUGAGGUCUAACAACGAAAUUUUUAAUAUUGCCUUCAAUGGUCGUUAUGUUAUCUUAAUGCUGGGAUUGUUCACAAUAGUGACUGGGUUCAUAUACAACGACGUGUUCUCCCGAGGUCUGCGGCUGAUGGACCCGUACUGGAUCAACAACAAGACGAAGGCGGACAUCAGGAGCAAGCAUUUCAUAACGCUCAAUCCCUCGGGAAGUACAGGGAAAUAUCCGUACUUCUUCGGCAUGGAUCCCGUGUGGAAGGACGCCACAAAUAAGAUAGUGAUUGAGAACUCUUUUAAGAUGAAAAUGUCCAUUAUCCUCGGAGUGGUCCACAUGUUGUUCGGCCUGUGUUUGGCAUUUUUUAAUAACAUAUAUUUCAAAAAGUACUGUUACAUAUUUUUGGAGGUGAUACCAUCAGUGUUGAUUCUGUGCAGUAUAUUUUUGUGGAUGGUGUUUCUGAUUUACGCGAAGUGGAUAUACUUUGAUCCUAAAUCAACCGAUCCCGACAGAAAUCCAGCCUGCGCUCAACUAAUCCUCAUCCUGAUAAUCGAUUUAGUUUUGGUCGGAAAAACUGACAAAAAAGUGCCAGAAGGAUGCAGCAGCUUUUUUAUAUUCGGAGAAGCGCAGAGAAUAAUCCACCGAGUUCUAUUGGUGGUCCUUAUUAUAUGCAUUCCCAUUUUGCUCUUUGGAGUACCUAUUUAUAAGCGAAGAAAAUAUACGAAGGCACUGAUGGCCGCGAGCGCUUCGUCUCAAGGCAGCAAGUUUCGCAAGUACCGCCAAAGCGUCAUCCAGAAAGAGGAGGCCAGACUCGCCCGGCAGUCCGGGGUACCAGCGUUCAAUUUCGGCGAGGUCAUGAUCCGCCAGGCCAUCCACACCGUGGAGUACACUCUGAGUACCGUGUCUCACACGGCUUCGUAUCUUCGUCUUUGGGCUCUCUCGUUGGCUCACUCGCAACUAGCAGAAAUGCUAUGGGAGAUGAUCCUGAGUGAAAUCGGCUUAAGGUCCUGUCUCACCGGCGGGUCGUUUGUCGGCACAUUGACUCUCUUCUUCAUCUUCGCGCUGUGGGCCUUCUUCACCAUGUCUAUCUUGGUCAUUAUGGAGGGGAUGUCCGCCUUUCUGCACACGCUAAGACUGCAUUGGGUAGAGUUCAUGAGUAAGUUUUACCACGGUAAUGGUUGGAUGUUCACUCCGUUCUCCUUUGCGAGCAUCCUCGCUGAAGGCGAUACUAUUGACGCCGUUUGCAACAAAAAGAAAAUAUAA